UGCUGAUUCGCCUUUCAGAAAAUUCCAUGAUUUUAUUUCUAUCUGUAAAAUAAACCGGACAACAGAAGGAAUUAAGACAGCUCCCUCCUCCCUCCUCCCUCCUCCGCUGGACGGCAUCUCCUUCUCUCAUUCUCCUCGUUUGUGAAAGCGAUAAAGUGUAAAGAAUUUUGAUUGGACAUUGCUUGGUGGGAUUUGAUAGAGGGCAGAAAGAAUGUAGAGCUUUUCUGCCACUUUUUAGGGUUCCUAUAGGAUUUGCAAGUAUAGCCAUUGCCUGUUCAAUUGUCCGAAAAAUUCACCACAAGUCUCAUUUAAUUGGACAGUGAACAAAGAAUCAAGGAACACACACACAAACCCGGAAAUCAAUUCAGUUUUCUCUCAUCUUCACUUGGACAAUUUGAUCUUUUGCCUGGGAGUUCUCUUUGGAGCUUGGAUUGUUGAAACGUCUGCAACACCGACUCAGAUCUCUGCCUUUGGAGAUUUGGAUGUUGUUUCUUGUGAUGAUUAGACUUUUAUAACUCCAUUCAUGAUCUGGUGAUGCAAUCUCAAAAUCUGAGAACAAUCCAUAAUCGAGCACACGGUGUUUGUAUUUGACUACAAGGCCGACACAAUGGACCACGACGACUUCCGGACCAUCUUAGAAAGCUCGGGAGUGGAUAUAUGGACGUUCAUGGACACUGCCAUAGCUGUCGCUUUGGCCGAUUAUGGCACUGAGCUCAAGCACCGGAGGGAUGGCAUUGUCGAGCGCCUCUAUGCCACAGCUUCCGUUCCACCUCAAUGCCCGAACUGCAAUGCUGAUGGGCCUAAUGGGCCCAAUGUUAACCAGCCCAAAGCAGUUUCACCGUACACUCCGCAGUCUGUUGGUGGAGAUGGUGGUGAGGAGGAUGAGGAGGAGUUGGAUCCCUAUGCAGGGUUGUUUGAUGAUGAGCCAAAGAAUAUUCUAGACAUCAAGAAGCAUCUUGAGGAUCCUUAUCAGUCUGAGGAUACUCUGGUUGAGUUGCUUCAAAGUCUAGCAGAUAUGGAAAUAUCAGUCCAAGAACUCAAGGAGGCUGAUAUUGGAAAGCGUGUGAGUCAAUUGCGGAAGCAGCAUCCAAGCGAUGUUGUUAGGAGAUUGGCAAAGCAAAUUAUCAAUAAAUGGAAAGGUAUUGUGAAUGAAUGGGUCAAGUUACAUGGAGAACAACCAUCAUCUUCAACAAUGGUUGAUGAAGACUCACCGCAGCAGAAAAUUCCCCAAAAUGGCCUUCACCAGGUUCCUGAUUUUGCAUACUCUCCAAAUCCUCACAAUGGGAGUUCUGGGUCAGACAAGAACUAUUCAGAACCAGAACGCAAGCCAAAGGCAGUUCCUAGGAGGAUUGCUCCACCAAAACCAAAACCUACACAAUGGACCCCUGUGUCUGCUUCUGCUCCUCAAAAUAGACAGAUGGGGCAGAAGGAAAGCGAUUUAGACUCUGAUAGAUUGGCUUCUGCAAGAAGACGACUUCAGGCAAAUUAUAGAGAAGCUGAAAAUGCCAAAAAGCAGAGAACAAUUCAAGUGAUGGACAUCCAUGAGAUACCAAAGCCGAAGAAUUCUUUCAUUGCGAGGAACAAGGGUGGUGGAGGAGGGGGAGGAGGCGGAAGUGGCUCUCAUCAAGGCAGGCAUUGGUGAAAAUGGGCAAAGCCUCACACUCGACAGAUAUAUAAUAUUACAGUACCGAAAAAAAGGCUUCUGGGAAUUUUGGCUGGGUGACGCACAAAAGGUGUUAAAUCUGCUUAUCCUUUCUUAUUACAUUUUCAUGUAUUAAGCAAAACAAGAUAAGAACAAUUUUUCUAUUGUUAUUAUUAAUUGUUUUUUGCUUAAUAACAAGCACAACAUUUUAAAAUUUUAUCGUUUGGAACCCA